AUGUCUCUAAAUAAUUUUCAACGUUAUCCAUCGGUUGUAUUCACAUCGGAUGAAGAGGCUGGUGAGAAGGAUGAUACUCUAAUGGACGCAGAAUUUUCUACAUCAAUGGCACAACAUGUUCAUUCAGAUGUAAUACAAACAAAUGAACAACAAUUAGUUCUACUACCACCACUACCAUCGACACCAAUGCGUUCAUUAGCUCGAAGGCAACGAACAACAACAACAACAGCAAGAGCACAAGAAAUUGAACUGAUCGAUUUGGUAACACCAAAAAAAUCGCCAACUCUUCAUUAUCAGUCAAAUUAUAUAUCACGUACAAUUCAUUUUUUUAAUCAACAACGUUUAUCAAUUUUACCUAAAUUUCCAACAACGGGUAAUACUACCAAUGUACAUUUAUUAUUAGCCAAUGUACCUAUGGCUCAAUUAUCAUCCGAAGAAUUGGUACGUCGUCAAACUGGUCAAUAUAAACCACUCUUUACAAUUUCAAAUUAUGAUCCAUCAGUAACAUCACUUAUGGUUAAUAAUUAUUAUACAUAUUUUGGUCCCAUACUUGAACGUUUCAAGGUUGAUGUAGCCAUUUUAGAUUAUAAUUAUGGACUUUUAAAAAAUUAUCUUAAAUUAUAUCGUAGUGCUCGUCUACGAAUUCUAUCAACUGACAAACUUUCAGAAGAUCCUUUAUAUUUAAGUGAUACAGAAUUUCCACAAUUAUUUGAAUUCUUUUUACAAAUGGAUGUUGAUCUUUUCUAUAUGAAAACAUGUUCAUUUCGUGAUGCACAACCAAGAUUGAUAACUGAAGGUAUAUUGUGUUUAAAUAUGCCUGAUUGUCUUUAUACAAUGUCAAGAUGUGGUGAUUGUAAUUUAUGUCAACAAUCGAAUGAUACCAAUUAUCGUCAGCAAGCACCAGUCUUAUUUAAUCGUUAUGAAAGACAUCGAUUUGUCAAUGGAUAUGAGUCGAAAUUAAAUUGUCCAGCAACAUGUAAUACAAAAAAUUAUAUUUAUGUUCUAACAUGUGUAUGUGGUCAAUUUGAAUUUAUUAGUGAUACAAAAUUUGCAUUGAAUGUUCGAUUACGUGGUCAUCGUUUUAUUGGUAAUAAUCUUAUACGUAAAUUUUUAGUUGGUGAAAAUAAUCUUAAGCAUAUUCAACUUACAGAAGAACAAUCAACGUCAUUACACAAAGAAAAUAUAAAUGAAGAUUAUUGGAGAUUUGUACCACUGCCAAUUGAUGAAGCUAAUCAAGAUAAUUCUCGCUAUCAUAAUAUGCGAGCAACAACAACUACAGAGACGAAUAUUCAUCCAAAUCGAAAUAUCGAAAAACAUCUUCAUAAUAUAAGAAAUCCACCUCAAGGAUAUAAAUUUUCAAAACGUCAAAUAGAACAACAAAUUGAAUUCUUUGAAAAGAAUAUGAUUAAAAAUCCAUUUUAUGAACAGAUUGAUAUUUAUCAUGCAGCUAUUAUUGCUGUUUUACCAGCAAAUACAUCAGAUUUAUUUCGGCAUAUUGUUCAUUCAUUAUUCGUUACACAUACGGAAGCAAAAUUAAAUGUGUUAGGUCAUGUAGUUGAUCGUACUGGAUAUAUGAAUGUUCGGCAUGGUAUAUGGUGUGCUAAUUUAGUACGUCAUUCAAAUUAA